GCUACAUCCCAAUAUAAUCGCCAAUAUACUUAGUCAUUAUACAUCACAGGAACAUCCGAAAUGAUUGCACUUACAACCUUCCUCAUUGCGAUUAGCUUACUUGCCCAUCUAAAUAUAUGCGCCGACGAGGCUAAGGCCAAGGGUGUUACUUGCUUUAAAAAGCGAGUGACUGGUAAAGAUUGUGGAACGGCUAUGCAAGGUAUUGUUUAUACUGAUAAUGCAGUCACUAAAGAUGAAACAAGAAUUAGUGUUGGAUUUGGAAACUGCCUUCUUGAGAUUGAAACUCAUGGUGCAGGGGCCAUUGAUAGAAUACCCGAAAACCCAGCAGGCUCUAAAUUCCCAUUAGCUCAAAGCAAAAAACCUUCCGGGGAAAUCAGUGCAAGAUUUGGAACAUGUCAUGUUUAUGUCAAUGCAGUUAGUGGUUUGCCCAUCACUCUAGGUAAACCAGAGUUACAAGCAAUGCUUCAAAAAAUAAGAAAUCAGUGUGAUAAAACAAAACAGAAUGGUAGGUUGGUAGAUGUAGGCGGCAGCAUUGGGAAAAAUGCAAAGAUAUACCUGGAAACAUCCUUCAAUAAACGUUGAAAUUAGUGGGAAAAACUCUUCCUUGUGAAAGUAAUCAUUUUGAUCUAUAUGUCACUGUCUAAA